AUGCCCAUCCCAAUUAUCACCACGGGCAUCGCGGAGGGCUUAUCUGCCAUUCCAUAUUCGUAUACGGUCCUCAAAGUCACGCCAUGGAUCCUCCUCAUUGCAGCCCUGAAGUAUUACUUCGGCGGUGCCCGCAAUGGCUCCGAGAGGCUGAUGCACUCUAAGGUCGUGAUGGUGACGGGAGGCACCUCGGGAAUUGGAGCCACUGUCGUCUACGAACUCGCAUCGCGCGGCGCCCAAGUUAUCCUUCUUACGCAACACGCUCAAUCGGAUAUAUUUCUCAUUGACUACAUUGAAGAUCUGAGAAAAGCCACAGGCAACCAGCUUAUUUAUGCAGAGCAGGUGGAUCUCUCUUCUCUCCAUUCUAUACGGACCUUUGCGACGAAGUGGAUUGACAAUGUUCCUCCCCGCCGACUGGACAUGCUAAUCCUUUGCGCGAACACGGCAAACCCCACGGAAAAGAUAACGGUGGAUGGAAUAGAUGAGGAAUGGCAGGUCAAUUACCUUGCAAACUUCCAUCUACUCAGCAUCCUCAGCCCAGCGCUCCGAGUCCAGCCACCCCACCGGGAUGUCCGCGUGAUCAUGACAACGUGUUCAAGUUACAUCGGUGCGCCGAAACUCGACUUUUCGCAGCUCGACGUGAAUACCAUCCCGAUCCACAAAAAAACGGCGGGUACAAAACCGCUACGCACUCAAGCAUCAAGGAAGGCAGAGCCCAAACAAAAGCGCCAAUCGCAAAUUCAGAGGAAACACAUCUAUGGCCUUAGCAAGCUAUCCCUCAUGAUUUUCGCGACGUCCUUCCAGAAACACCUGAACGCCUUUAAACGGCCUGAUGGCCAACCCCCUUCCACUCGUGUGAUCCUCGUCGACCCUGGUCUCACUCGGACCCCGGGCACCCGCCGCUGGCUCACUGGGGGCUCGCUUUGGGGUCUACUACUCUACCUUAUUACCUGGCCCAUCUGGUGGCUCGUCCUCAAGUCCCCGCAGCAGGGGGCGCAGAGUAUCCUGUACGCAGCGAUGGAGGCGAGGUUUGGUCGUGGGACCGGGGGGUGGAUGCUGAAGGAAUGCCGGGAAGUGGACUUCGCCAGGAAAGAGGUUACGGAUGAAGCUGUGGGGAAGCAGUUGUGGGAAGCUAGUGAGCGGCAGAUCGAAGAGAGAGAGAGAGAAGGGGCAGUGCUGCGAGCCUUGGAGAAGAAAGAAAACGAGCAAAAGGAGAACGUGAAGGUCCGUAGUCAGGGCUCAGUUCGGGUCAAGAAAUCUGCAUCGUCCGCAUCGUCCGCAUCGUCUGUAUCCGCAUCAAGCGGUGCUAAAGAGCAGAAGCCAGGGUCAAGAAGAAGUCGGAAGGGGAACGGCAACAGCAAGUAA